AUGUCGCAAAUCCCACCAGAGAUCUCCGGCAUGCUGCUUCAAUUGCUGUCGGGCCUGGCCUCCACAGACAACGCGAUCCGUCAGCAGGCCGAGCACACGCUCAACAAGGAGUGGACCAAAAAGGACCGCGUCGAUAUUCUCCUUGUUUGGCUUGCUCAGCAGGCCGCAACGGCGGCCGACGACAGCACCAAGGCCUUCUCUGCGGUGCUGUUCAGACGGUUUGCCAUCAAGUCGCCUUCCGAGCAGGGCUACUCCGUCACCGCAAGACAGGUCGACCACAUCAGCGAGCAGGCCAAGACCGAGGUGCGCAACGUCCUAUUGCAAGGUUUCAGCGCUCCUCAGUCCAACAAUGUCAGACACAAGCUUGCCGACGCGGUCGCCGAGGUCGCCAAGGACGACUCGUUUGGCUGGCCAAGCCUGCUGCCCACCAUCAUGCAGGCGACCGCCAACCAGGACGCCAGCUUCCGAGAGUCUGCUUUCAGAAUCAUCAGCACGACUCCGGCCAUCAUCACCAACUACCAGCUCCAGGACACGCUCAAGAUGUUCCAUGUCGGUUUCGAGGACUCCAGCGACGACGUGAGAAUUGCUGCGUGCUCUGCCUUUGUCGCGUUUUUCGAGAAUCUGCCCAAGUCGCAGUGGACCAACCUCAGCUCGCUGCUACCCAACCUGCUCAACUCCCUGCCCAGACUGCUGGAAAACGGCAAGGACACCGCGCUGGCCUCUGUGCUGGAGAGUCUGAUCGAGCUUGUGGACCUCGCACCAAAGAUGUUCAAGCCGAUGUUCCCUACAAUCAUCGGAUUCUGCUCCGAGGUGGCUCAGAACAAAAACCUCGACUCCACGGCCAGACUGGCCGCUCUCGAACUGCUCACCACCUUCUGCGAGACCUCUCCCAACAUGUGCAAGAGAGAAUCGUCGUACGCCACCACGAUCGUGCUCGUGACUCUCAAGCUGAUGACCGAGGUGUGCGUCGACGACGAGGACGCGGCAGAGUGGAACAACUCGGACGAUAUCGACAAUGACGAUGAGGAGGACGAGUACAACGCAGCAAGACAGUCGCUCGACAGAGCAGCGCUCAGGCUCGGCGGCCAGUCGCUGGCCGGCCCGCUGUUCCAGUACCUGCCGCAGAUGCUCCAGUCGCAGGACUGGCACGAGAGACAGGCCGCACUGAUGGCGCUGUCGUCUGCCGCGGAGGGCUGCAGAGAGGUGCUGAUUGCCGAGAUCCCCAAGAUCCUCGACCUGAUCCUGCCCUCGCUGCAGGACAGCCAUCCACGGGUCCAGUACGCGUGCUGCAACGCUCUGGGCCAGAUGUCCACCGACUUUGCUGACGUCAUCCAGCGGACGUCGGGCGACCGCAUUCUGCCUGCGCUGAUCUCGAUGCUCACCACGAAGAACGUGCCACGGGUGCAGGCGCACGCUGCUGCCGCUCUGGUGAACUUCUGCGAGGACGCCACGAAGGAGGUUCUGGAGCCGUAUCUGGACGACCUGCUGACCAACCUGCUGACGCUGCUGCAGAGCGCUCCAAAGAGAUACGUCCAGGAGCAGGUGAUCACCACGAUCGCCAUUGUGGCGGACGCUGCAAAGACCAAGUUCAUCAAAUACUACGACACUCUGAUGCCGCUUUUGCUGGAGGUGCUCAGAACCGACAUGGGCGAGGAAAACAGGCUGCUCAAGGCCAAGUCGAUCGAGUGCUCGGCGCUGAUUGCCCUGGCGGUCGGCAAGGAGAAGUUCAUGCCGAACGCGCAGGAGAUUGUCCAGCUCUUCGCCCAUAUCCAGAACAACCUGACCGGAGAAGACGACCCGGCCAAAACGUACUUGGAGCAAGGCUGGAGCAGGAUCUGCAAGCUGAUCGGCAAGGACUUCAUUCCGUACCUGCCUGGCGUGCUGCCUCCGCUGCUGGAGGCCGCCAAAGCCGCGCAGGACAUCUCGAUCGUGGACGAGGACGAGGUGGACGAGCUCAACCAGAACGAGGAGUUUGACGUUAUCCAGCUGGCCGGAAAACACAUUGCUGUGCACACGGCCAUUCUCGACGACAAAACGGCCGCGAUCGAGCUCCUCAAGACCUAUGCCGAGGUGCUGGGCGGCGACUUCUUUCCGUAUGUGGAGGACAUUGCAACCCACAUUGUGAUUCCCGGCCUGGACUUCUAUCUGCAUGACGGCGUGAGAGGCUCUUCCGCGCUGACCAUGCCUGCUUUGCUCCAGUGCACCAUCGAGGCCACCGGCUCUCCAACGUCGCCUCAGGCCACACAGCUGUGGACCCAGAUGUUCGACAAGCUGGUGCACCAGCUGGGAACCGAUCCAGUUCCAGAACUGCUGGUUGCGUACUACUACGCCAUCUCGAAGGGUCUGGAGCUGAUUGGCGCAAACGUGCUCACGGACGAGCAGAUUUUGGCUGCCGGCAACUCGAUUCAGACCAACCUGACCGAGAUCUACGAGAGAAUCAAGAGCAGAGAAAACGCCGACGACGAGUACAACGAGGAGGUCCAGGAGGACGACGAGGAGUACACCGACGAAGAACUGCUCGACGAGAUCACCAAGGGCAUCACCGCCAUGUUCAAGAGCACAAGAGAACGGUUCCUGCCGGCGUACCAGUCUCUGAUCCCAACUCUUGCGUCGUACAUGAACGACGAAAACACCUCGCUCAAACUGCUGGCUCUGUGCUCCGUGUCCGACCUUGUUGAGUACACCGGUCCGCUGGCGUUCCAGUUCAAGGACUUCUUCAUGAACCCUGUUGGCGAGUCGCUCACGUCUCCUCAGGCAAGCAUCAGGCAGGCCGCUUCGCACACCGUGGGUGCGUGUGCGCAGUACGGAAGAGAGCACUUCAAGGAUUUCUGCGUUGCCACUCUGGGCUCGAUGCUGGCCAUGUGCAACGUUCCGGACUCGAAGGCAGACGAGAACCUGUCUGCCACCGAGAACUCGAUCGCUGCCAUCGCCAAAGUGCUGCAUUCCUUUGGCUCCAGUGUUCCAAAUGCCCACGAGGUGGUGGAGAACUGGCUCAAGCUGAUGCCUGUGCUGCAGGACGACGAAGCGGCACCGUAUGCUUACAUGUUCCUUGCCGAGCUGAUUCAACAGCAGCAUCCGCUUGUGGCUGGCAUGAUUCCUAAAAUCGUGGACGACGUGGUACAGGCGCUGCUUUUUGGCUCGAUCUCCGGCAAGACGGCCGAGAAAGUUGUGGGGACCGUAAAACAGCUGCUGGGAACCCUGCCGCAGGACCAGGCCAUUGCUCUUUUGAACAAGUACAACACAGAGGGAAAGCAGGUGAUAAGCGAGUGGUUUGCAUAG